AGUUAAAAAUAUUAUUAACAAUUUUUUUUCUGUCAAAACUCAAAACACUUGCAACAAGACCAAGAGAGAGUGAGAGAGACAGAGGGAUAUAACAUUGAAACAAAAAAAUAAAAUAAUCUAAAAAUAUACAUUUAUGUAUUAUUGAAUAACAAAAAUAAUUGUUGAGUAAUAUCUCUGAAAAUAUUCCAACAUUGAGUAGAAAAAUACACAGGCCCAGCUGUGACAGUCAACAUCGAUCGUUUACAACAAUUUCCUGAUGAGAAAAAGAGGGGAAUAAUUUUAAGGAAAAAAAAAAAACAACAUAAUAAUAAUCACCGGUUGACAGACAGUAGACACACACCAGGGCAAUUGGCAAAAAAAGCUGGACAUUGAAACGUCAAUUUGAGUAAAUUAAAACAAUUAAAAAAAAAACUAGUCUCUCGAAUUUACAAAUAAAAAUAUUUAUUGUAACAUAACGUUGACAAGAAACAAGGUCUCACAAAUUUGUUAAUAAAAAGUCCAGAUAAUAAUCAAAUAAUCAUCAUUUAAAAAAAUCAAUAGUGAUACGAUAAAAACUUAAUAUCUUGAUUGAUAGCCAUUUAACAUUCUUGAUGAAUUAAAUUGCACUAAAUUGGAGUAAUUUUUUCCAUCCUUUUGAUAAUUAAUAAUUAUUCAUUUUAAAUAUUAAAAAACAAUUUAAUUUUUAAUCUUUAUUUAUUUAAUAAUAAUACAUAAUGGAAAAAGUUAAUGAACAAAAAGUUGCAACAUUACCAGCAGCUCAAAAAUUUAAAUUACUUCCAAAAAUAAUAAAUGGAGGUAUUGCUGGUAUUAUUGGUGUGUCUGUUGUUUUUCCACUUGAUCUUGUUAAAACAAGACUACAAAAUCAAGUUGUUGGUCCAGCUGGAGAAAAAAUGUACUCCUCAAUGCUUGAUUGUUUUAAAAAAACAUAUGCUGCUGAAGGAUAUUUUGGUAUGUACAAAGGUUCAGGUGUUAAUAUACUUUUGAUAACACCAGAAAAGGCUAUUAAAUUAACAGCCAAUGAUAUGUUUAGACAUUAUUUAUCACCAGAAUCUGGAAAACCACUGACAUUGGUGAGAGAAAUGUUAGCUGGUGGAUCAGCUGGUGCUUGUCAAAUAGUCAUAACAACACCAAUGGAAUUACUAAAAAUUCAAAUGCAAGAUGCUGGUAGAGUUGCAGCUGCAGCUAAAAAUGAAGGAAAAGUCAUACCAAAAGUAUCAGCAAUAUCAUUGACAACAGAACUUUUAAAAAAAAGAGGAAUCAAGGGACUUUAUCAAGGCACUGGUGCAACAGCAUUAAGAGAUGUUACAUUUUCAGUUAUUUAUUUUCCAUUAUUUGCACGUUUAAAUGGACUUGGACCAAAACGAGAAGAUGGAUCAUCUGUAUUUUGGUGUUCAUUUUUAUCUGGUUGUGUGGCUGGUUCAGCUGCAGCACUUUGUGUUAAUCCAUUUGACGUUAUUAAAACAAGAUUACAAGCAAUUAAUAAAGCACCUGGUGAACCAACAUACAAUGGUGUACUUGAUUGCAUAGGAAAAACAUUAAAAAAUGAAGGUCCAACAGCAUUUUUCAAGGGUGGAGCAUGUAGAAUGAUUGUCAUUGCUCCAUUAUUUGGUAUUGCACAAACAGUAUAUUAUCUUGGAGUUGCUGAACGACUGAUGGGUUUAAUAUAAAUAUCUUAUAAAUCAAUUCAGUAUUUUAUCAAUUGAUAAAUAAACCUCAGAAACAACUGACAAUAAUACAAUUAAAUAUUUUAUGGAUAGUUUAAUCAAAUAAUACAAUAAAUGCCAAUAAAUUGAUGAUGAAUUAAAACACUCAAGUGCAGUUUAAAAAAAAAAAAAAAGACAAAUAAUCAAACUUGAAAUAUUAUCUUUCUGUAGUAUCAAUUUUGUUUUUUUUUUUUUAAUUUUACACCUUUUUGUUAUUUCUGUUUUUGAUAAUAAUCUUUUCAGUUGAAAAAUAUUUUUUUAAUUGUGUUCUUAUUAUACAUAUCAAUAUUUAGUUAAUAUUUUUUUUUAACUGUAAAUUAAUUAGUCAAUUUGUUAUGAUAGUUUUUAAAUAUUUUUGGAAUUUCUUUUUUUUUUGAUUGGCUAUAAUAUUACUUGUCAAUUUUUAAGGAAUAAUAAUAAUAAUAAUAAUAAUUAAAAAUUAACCGAAUAAAUGUCCAUUAAAGUGUUCAACUUGGAAAAAAAAAAAAUAGAUAGAUAAUUGUAACAGUGGAAUUAAAAUGUGUGCCAUUUUUUCUUGAAAAUAAAUCGUUAAUCAGUGUAAUCAAUAUUUUACAAUGUUGAAAUUACAUUUAAAAGUUUAAAAAAAUAAUAAAAAAUAUAUACAAAAGUUAUUUAAUAAUAUAUGUAACAUAAAUAUUAUUUUGUUCAAUUGUUUUAUUUGACAAAUAAGUAUUAUUUAGUUUUAAUUUAAUUUGCAACCAUUUUGAUCCCAUUAAUUGAAAAUAAAAAUUAUACGUUAUUAACAUGAGCAAAGAAAAUAAAAAAUGUGUUAAAAUAAUGAAUGUAGAAACGAAAAUUGAUUGCCAACCACCAAAAAUAUCAUUAGAUACUUAUUAUGAUCCAGGUAAAUUAGAGAGAAAUGCAAGAAGAGUUUUGGAAAUUGAUAAAGAAAAUAUGGAAUUAUUAAAACGUUUAUAUAUAAUCAGUCUAUCAAGGGUAAAGAAAUUGUCAAUUCACAUUUAUAAAUGUACAUUGAAAGCUAAUUAAUUGAUUAUAAUUUUAAUUAUAUAAGGGAAGAUUUGGAAGAGUUACGAGUGACAAUAAAGAUAAUGUUCAACCUGAUGUCAAUAAAAAUUCAGAAUAUGAAAAAAUUCGUAAAGAAAAUAUGGAAAUUUACAAAAGUCUUGAAAAAGUUGUUCCAAAAGUUGUAUCAUUUUUUCCAGAUAAAAAAAAUAAAAAGAGAAAUAAAAUAAUUGG